AUGUGUUACGCACACGUUGGAAGUGUGCACGAUGCUCUAACUCCUCAGAAGAGUAACUUCUUAAGGAAAUGCAAACACGGCGUGGGCAGCAAUGACGGCAGUUACGUCCCUGGAACGAGGCACGUCGUGGGCUGGGCGUCCGAGCGUCCGGUGGGGGCCGUACAGCCGGGCGCCAUCCAGGGGGCACUGACAGCCAACCUGCAGCCACUGGGCAGCAGCCGUGGACCCCGGAGAUCCCGGCGCCCCGCACCUGCCGACUGCACCUGCGCAGCUGCGGCCGUAGCAGGGCGGCUCGACCCCCAGCGGCCAGGGCACGGCUGCAGCCACCCGAGCCUGUGGGAAGACUUUGCAGAGAGCCUUCGGUUCCAGCGCUCUAGGGCGACUGUGAUCAACGUUGGUGAGUGUGGUUCUUGUUGGGCUUUUAGUGCGACUGGUUCCCUAGAAGGACAGAUGUUCCGGAAAACUGGCAAACUCGUCUCCCUGAGUGAGCAGAACCUGCUGGACUGUUCUCGGCCUCACGGCAAUUUUGGCUGCAGUGGUGGCCUGAUGGAUAAUGCCUUCCAGUAUGUCAAGGACAACGGAGGCCUGGUCACAGAGGAGUCCUACCCGUACGAAGCAGAGAAUGAAGUCUAUAAGCAAAAGCCUGAGCAUUCUGUUGCUAACGACACUGGCUUCCUGAAGAUCCCUUGCAAAAAGGCCCUGAUGAAGGUCAUGGCAGCUGUGGGGCCCAUCUCUGUGGCUGUUGACACAAGCCAUGACUCCUUCAAGUUCUAUAAGGAAGGCAUUUAUUUUGAACCAAACUGCAGCAGCCAUGACGUGGAUCAUGGCGUUCUGGUGGUUGGCUACGGCUUUGAAGGAGCAGAAUCAGAUAACAAUAAAUACUGGCUGGUCAAGAACAGCUGGGGUGAAAAAUGGGGCAUGAGUGGCUACAUAAAAAUGGCCAAGGACCGGAACAACCACUGUGGAAUCGCCUCACUAGCCAGCUACCCCCUCGUGUGA